AUGAUUGUUGAUUAUUCAUUCGGGGGACCCAACAACAAGAAGAUGAAACCUGCCGGAGAGGGAGCUGUGGAAUUCAGCAUGGCCCCACUACCCAUCCGCAACGCACUCAUGAUUGCAAACCCAGACUAUGGGCCCGUUUCCAUGUUCAAGAACAACAUGUUGAAUGGUUUCUGCCACAUCCAAUUGUCAACUCCUGGUGCAAUCAAGCUUGAGGUCAUUUUCCUCGCACUGCCACUUGUGCUUCCAAUGAGUUGGACAGAAAGUCUUGGUUCAGUGCUUUCAUGGAAACUAUCGCUGACUUGA